AUGUUAAAAAAUAAGGAUCAUUCAUCCAAAAAAGAUAAUUUAGCCGUUACUGCAGUUGCUUUACAAGAUCACAUUUUACAUGAUCUUCAACUUCUAAAUCUUUCAAUAGCAGAUUGUUCUAAGACAAAGGUGCAAAAAAAAGAAAACAGAUCCAAAUCUUUAAAAAGAGAGGCAAAAGCAAUAAUUGAUACUGGACUUAAAAAAACUACACAGAGCCCCAAAGUGGAAGAUCCAGAAAAAGAAUAUGUUCUUGAUCCAAAGCCUCCGCCAUUAACUUUAGCACAGAAGCUAGGUCUAUUUGAGCCUCCUCCAUUGCCACUAUCAGCAGAUGAAUGGGAAAAAGUGAAGCAAAGAUCUACCAUGCAAGGGGAUUCUAUGCAUCCAUGCCCAAUCUGUAAAGAAGACUUUGCACUUCAUCCCCAGGUGCUGCUUUCAUGUUCCCAUGUCUUUCACAGAGCAUGCCUGCAGGCUUUUGAAAAGUUCACAAAUAAAAAAACCUGCCCUCUCUGUAGAAAGAACCAAUAUCAAACCAGAGUGAUUCAUGAGGGAGCACGAUUAUUCAAAAUCAAAUGUGCAACAAGAAUCCAAGCCUAUUGGAGAGGCCAUAUUGUUAGAAAGUGGUACCAAAACCUGAGGAAAACAAUACCGCCCAAAGAUGCUAAGUUAAGGAAAAAAUUCUUUGAAGAAAAGUUCACAGAAAUCAGUCAGCGAAUACUAUGCUCAUAUGAUACAAACAUAGAUGAGCUCUUUUCAGAAAUUGAUCACUGCUUAGCUAUAAAUAGAAGCAUUCUUAAGCAGCUGGAGGAAAAGUGUGGCCAGGAAAUUACAGAAGAAGACUGGGAUAAAAUUCAAAUUCAGGCGCUGCGUCAGGAGAUCUACGAAUGCUCCAUCUGCCUCACCCCACUCUCAUUUCAGAGCAAUUUCCAAAGUGCAUCUUCAGGGGAAAAUCCUAACCAGCAUUCUCGUGAGACUGUCCUCUUGUCUUGCUCACAUAUGUUCCAUAACACCUGUCUUGUCGCUUUAGAAGAAUUUUCCUUGGGAGAGAUAUACACUUGUCCCCUAUGCCGCUCUUGCUACCAAAAGAAAAUUCUUGAGUGCUGA